AUGUUGGCUUACCGAAAAAACAAACUGAACAGACCUGAAGGGAUCUUAGCGCUGUGCUUCUGCAAAAUGAAGUCUGAGUGGGAAUAUCUGAAGAAUGUGGCUGGUGAUAAUAAAUACAUCAUGGCUGAACGCCAAAAAGGGAUUCAGCUAAAAGACAGGCCUGUUAUAAGAACAAGUAGAUAUUCACUGGUGAUACAAAACCGCAGUUUCCAGCCUUUGCUAAGUGUAGAACUGCCUCAGAGACCAGAGCGGAAUGGUUAUUAUGGCCUGCUUACUGGGCUUGGCUGCAUUCCCUGCAACUGCAGUCAAUUUGGCUCAGUCUCCGAGGACUGCAAUCAUCAGGGGCAGUGUCACUGUGUACCAGGAGUGGCUGGAGAAAAGUGUGAUCGUUGUGCUCAUGGCUUUCAUGCGUUCCAGGAUGGUGGCUGCACACCCUGUGACUGUGCUCAUACUCAGAACAAUUGUAAUGCUGAUUCUGGCCAAUGCAUUUGUCCCCCUCACACCCGAGGACCAAAAUGUGAACUCUGUGAAGAAAAUCACUGGGGACUCUCUCCUAAACUUGGCUGCAAGGCUUGCAACUGUAGCAACACUGGUUCAACUAGUCUCCAAUGUGAUGUACUGACGGGUCAAUGCCAGUGCAAAGUUGAAUUUGGUGGACAAGACUGUUCCAGGUGUGCAUUAGGCUACAGAGACUACCCGGACUGUGUUGCCUGUGACUGUGAUUUGAGUGGAACCAAAGUGGAGAUGUGUGAUGACACUGAAGGACUUUGUGGUUGUGAAGAAGAAACUGGCAUCUGUACCUGCAAGGAAAAUGUAUUUGGUCUACAAUGCAGCGAGUGUAAACCUGGAACUUUUGCUCUGUCUGCUAACAAUGCACUAGGUUGUACUCCGUGCUUCUGUUUUGGGAUGUCCACAUUUUGUUCGGAACUAGAAGAUCAUGUGAGAAUUCCUAUAACCUUAACUCCAGAUCAGUCCAUUCUGCAUGUAGUAGCUCAAAGUAACCUGACUGGAACAGUGGAAGGAGUAUUUUCACAAUUUCCUGAUGUUUUACUGGAUGCUGCCAUAGUCAGAAAAUACUUAAAUACAGAAACAUUUUACUGGAGGUUACCAGAGCAGUUUCAGGGAGACCAGCUCAUCGCCUAUGGAGGGAAGCUGAGAUAUACGGUUGCUUUUUAUGCUUUGGAUGGCUUUGGAACCUCAAAUUUUGAGCCACAGAUUCUAAUGAAAGGAGGUCACACCAGCAAGUUGGUCAUCUACGUAGACAUCCCUUCUCCAGAAAACGGAGUAAGAACUGACAAGGAAGUAGAAAUGAAAGAGGAUUCUUGGAAGUAUUUUAACUCUGUGUCUGAUGAGUCUGUCUUACGUUCUGACUUCAUGUCUGUGCUAAGCAAUGUUGAAUACAUCCUGAUCAAGGCAGCUUAUGGCCAAGGAUUACAGCAAAGCAGAAUUGCCAAUAUCUCAAUGGAAAUUGCAGUGAAGUUUGAAGAAAUGCAUCUAGGCAGAGCUAGAGCUCAUCUUGUAGAGCAAUGUAGAUGCCCUGCUGGUUAUGCUGGAUUGUCCUGUCAGAGCUGUGCUCCAGGAUACUACAGGGGAAAGCAUACAGAACUUGGUGUAAAAGAGCCUCACACUCUGAUAGCACCUUGUGUGCCAUGUCAGUGCAACAACCACAGUGAAACCUGUGAUCCUGAAACUGGAAAGUGCUUGAACUGCAGAGAUAACACAGUUGGUGAUUACUGCAGUACUUGUGCCCCAGGCUACUAUGGGAAAGUAAUUGGAUCUGUCAACGACUGCUCUCUUUGUGCCUGUCCCAGAGCCAACCCUGUUAGUUUUAGUCCCACUUGUGUCCUGAAAGGUGUUCAGGAUUACUACUGUGAUGCUUGUCUCCCAGGAUAUGAAGGACAGUACUGUGAAAGGUGCUCCCUUGGCUAUUAUGGUGACCCUCAGCUUCCCGGUGGCAGCUGCCAUCUGUGUCAGUGCAAUCCAAGUGGCUCUGUUCAUGUUAAUUGUGAUCGUGCAACUGGCCAGUGCCUCUGUAAGCAAGGUGUGACAGGACAGCUCUGUGAGGAGUGUGAACCAAGACAUCUUCUUGUGGAAGACGAGUGUGUUUCUUGUGAUGACAACUGCACAGGAGUUUUGUUAAAUAGUUUGGAUGAUCUCAACAAGGCCAUACUUUCAAUGAACCUCACUGGUGUUGCCCGUGCGCCCUAUGGGAUAUUGUCAGAGUUGGAGAAUGCGACAAAACAUUUGAAGGAGUCUAUAGUUCCUAGAGAAGAUCCAAUUUACUCAUUAGCUACAGCAAAAGAAAGUCUUCUGAGUUUAUCAGGAGGAACUGAUCAGCUGCAUGAAGAGUCGUCUAGAUUUUUGAAAAAAGCUUGGCAGCUUAACACAAUGACUCUCGAAACCAGGAAUAAAAGUCAAGAACUGACUGGAUUUAUUGACACAGUACAUACAACCAUCAAAGUACUUGCUGAAGUUGCUAUGUCACUAAAUGAAACACUGGGCCUGGAUCUCCCGCUGUCAAAUGCUACAUCUCAGAGCCUGCAGGAUGAUAUUUCUGCCCUUUUGGAUGCACUGCGCAAGAAAGAUUUUGUUCAACAGCAUCAUAAUGCUACCAGUGUCCUAAAAGCUGCAGAAAAUUUGUUGAGCCAUGUUCAGAAAGAGUAUCUUAAACCCCACCAGGAGCUUGCUGAACUAAAAAAGGAUGCAAGCCAGCUCUUAUCAAAGCACAACAGCAGACUGCAAGAUGCCCAGGACCUGGUGAAUGAGGCACUCGCUAACAUCAAUGAGACCAAUCGCUUGUUUCCUCUUAUCUCUAGCAACCUGGCAGAGUUAAAUGACAAAAAGCUAAAUAUAAAGGAAGGUGAAGAAGUCUCGACCAUGCUCAUUAAAGAAGGGAAGGUCCUAGUGAACGCUGCUGCUGCUCUUGCCCAAGAUGUAAAGAAUUCUACAUCUAACCUGGAGGUCCACCAGGAUGGGUUAGUCCUAUGGAGCACCAAACUGCGACACCACGUGGAUGAGCUGGUGAUGCAGAUGUCUGUGAGAGGAGUGCUUGACCUGGUAUACAGAGCUGAGGACCAUGCCACCCAGUUCCAAAGACUUGCAGAUGCACUAGAGAGAUAUCAGCAAGGCAUUGAAGUCUGCACCGUGGAAGUUCAAAAGCAUUUUGAACACAGACUUUGUGUAGGAGCAGAGGCUGACCCUAAGGGAAAUUUUGGACAAAAUUUGACAGAAAGCCUUUUAUUUGGAUUGAAUGGCUUGAACAAAAAGGUAGAAAAGAUUCAGGGAAGUACUAAUAAAAUUGUUAACCAGCUUAAUGAUUCCCUGUUGACACUAAGAGCAUUGCCUAAUGAUACAAGGAAAUACAUGCUUGAGGUGAAAGAGCUGGCUGUGUCUGCAAACACCAGUGCUGUGGUGGGUUUAAGUCACUUUGGGGAUUUCAGUCAAAAGCUGCUGAAUACUUCUUCUACGUUGUCCCGAGUUAAUGACACAUUGAGGAAAACUAGUGAACUUAUAACUGAUUCAUCAAAAACUGCAAUUACUGCUGAAAAACAAGUUAAAGAAGUUGAAGCACAAGCAAGUCUUUUAUUGGAUAGGCUGAAACCUUUGAAAAUGCUAGAGGAGAACCUGAACAGAAACCUGUCUGAAAUUAAAGAGCUCAUCAGCCAGGCCCGCAAGCAGGCAGCAUCUAUUAAAGUUGCAGUAUCAGCAGACAGAGAUUGCAUUCGUGCCUACCAACCCCAAAUUUCAUCUACAAAUUACAACACCUUAACACUCAAUGUGAAAACUGCUGAACCAGAUAACCUCCUUUUCUACCUGGGUAGCAAUGGAAAGACAGACUUCCUUGCUGUGGAGAUGCGACGUGGUAAGGUAGCUCUUCUUUGGGAUUUGGGCUCUGGAUCAACAAGAGUGGAAUACCCUGAUUUUCAAAUUGACAACAACAAAUGGCACAGAAUACAUGCAACCAGGUUUGGAAAAACAGGCACACUCAGCAUAGAGGAAAUGAACUCCAAUCAGAAGCCUUCAUCUAAAUCUGCAACCUCUCCAGGGACAGCCAGCAUACUAGAUGUUAACAAAUCAACCCUAAUGUUUAUCGGAGGACUUGGAGGGCAAAUCAAGAAAUCGCCUGCUGUUAAGGUGACCCAUUUUAAAGGGUGCAUGGGAGAGGCAUCCCUGAAUGGCAAAUCUAUCGGUCUUUGGAACUAUAUGGAAAGAGAGGGCAAGUGCAAUGGCUGUUUUGGAAGCCCGCAGGAUGAGGACACUUCAUUCCAUUUUGAUGGCAGCGGAUACUCAGUUGUGGAGAAGGCACUCCGCUCAACAGUGACUCAGAUAAUAAUAUUUUUCAGUACCUUUUCACCUAAUGGGCUUCUUCUGUAUCUUGCUUCAAAUGGCACUAGAGAUUUCUUGUCCCUUGAGCUUGUUGAUGGCAAAGUGAGACUGACUGUUGAUCUAGGUUCAGGACCUCUUGCUCUUACAACAGAAAAUCGUUACAACAAUGGAACAUGGUAUAAAAUUUCAUUCAGUCGGAACAAGAAACAAGGGAUUUUGGCGGUCAUGGAUGCAUAUAACCUUAAUUAUAAAGAAACCAAGCAAGGAGAAUCUCCUGGGGUUGCCUCAGACCUGAACCGCUCUGAUAAGGACCCAAUCUUCAUUGGGAUUUUGGCGGUCAUGGAUGCAUAUAACCUUAAUUAUAAAGAAACCAAGCAAGGAGAAUCUCCUGGGGUUGCCUCAGACCUGAACCGCUCUGAUAAGGACCCAAUCUUCAUUGGUGGGCUGCCAAGAUCCAGGACUGUGAGGUCUGACACUGCAGUUCAGAUCAGAGGCAAGCUUCUGUUUUUCCUGUCUAUGGGUGAUUUCCACGACAGCAGCUGCUACAGCAGCCGCCUGCUCUUUGUGUCAGACUGCGGCAAGCAUUCAGCACUGCUGCCUGGAACGAUGCUCCUUGUGAUCUCUAGCUGUGUGAGCCUUGUGUUUUCCAGCUGGCAUUUACGGGCAAAACUGUGCUUCAGGCCUAUUCAUAGUGUGAACAUCUUGAACAACGGAUAUAUUGAGUUGGUACCUAAGUCCUUAAGCCCAGAAUCAGAACUGAUGGCAACUUUUGCUACAAAGAACAGCAGUGGCAUCAUCCUUGCUGGACUCAGCAGGGGACUGGAAAAGCGUCGACGCAGACAAGCACAUUUGCCCUUCUUUGCCAUCAUGCUGAUUGAUGGUCAUCUUGCAGUGCAUGUUAAUGCUGGAGAUAGAGCAAGUACUAGAAAAGUAAUUCUUCAGUCUGCCAAUGGAACAUACAGUGAUGGACAAGAACACUCUGUCAUCCUAAUCCGGAAUAAGAGGAUCAUAACUGUACAGGUGGAUGAAAGUAACCCUGCAGAAUUGAGGCUUGGUUCAUCAGCAGAAAUGAGCCCCAUGAAUAUUUCCAACUUCUACGCUGGUGGCAUUCCAGCAGGAGAGGGCAUCUUAGGGCUAAAAAUGGCUGGCUCCUUUCAUGGCUGUAUCAGCAAUCUUAUUUUUAACAAAGAGCUUUUGUAUUUCACCACUUCCAUGAAGUAUGAACAUGUGGAUAUGGACAGCUGCUUUUUGUCAGAGAAGCCUAAACCAGCCAUACAGCCAGAAGACACUGAGAUUCAACCUGAACUUCAGGCUUUACCAGUUCCCCUGAGGCCUCUUACAGAUACAAAAAAAGUAGUUUGUGCAAAAGAUGAGCUACCUGAUCAUGUUCAAGGUGCCCAUCAGUUUGGACUUGCCAAAGGCAGCCACUUGACUCUGCUCUUCAAUCAGUCUACUGUCAGGAAGAAACUUUCUGUCCAGCUGAAUCUCAGAACCUUUGCCUCCAGUGGCCUGAUUUACUACAUGGCUCACCAGAACCAGGUUGAUUAUGCAGCCCUACAGCUUCAUGGGGGACAGCUCUAUUUCUCAUUUGAUUUAGGCAAAGGAAAAGCAGUAGCUUUUCACCCUGCUGUUAUCAGUGAUGGAAAAUGGCAUACGGUAAAGACAGAAUACGUUAAAAGAAAAGGUAUACUCAUUGUGGACGGACAGGAAUUGGUAGCAGUCAGUGCUCUGGGAGAUGGUAGCACUUUGGAUGUGGAGGGGAAGCUCUAUGUGGGAGGACUCCCCUUAGACUACGUGCCGAAGAAUCUUGGGAAUGUGACUCACAGUAUUCCUGCCUGCAUUGGUAGCAUGACAAUUAAUAGCAAACAACUGGACAACGAGAGCCCUGUCUCCAUCUUUGCUGUGAAUAAAUGCUAUGUAACAGUGCAGGACGGUACUUUCUUUGAUGGGAGUGGCUUUGCUGCUCUUGUCAGAGAAGGUUACAAAGUCCGGUCUGAUGUGAACAUCACACUGGAGUUUCGUACGACAGCGGUCCAUGGAGUUCUCCUCGGGGUCAGCAGUGCUAAGGUUGAUGCCAUUGGACUGGAGAUUGUAAAUGGCAAGGUUUUAUUCCAUGUCAACAAUGGAGCUGGCAGAGUAACAGCUACAUAUGAACCAAGAGGCACAAAUAGUUUGUGUGAUGGAAAAUGGCACAAGCUUCAAGCAAACAAAAGCAAACAUCGCAUUUCGCUGAUAAUUGAUGGGAAUUUGGUUCAAACUGAUAAUCCCUACAUCCAGUCAACAUCUGCAGAUACGAACAAUCCCAUUUAUGUUGGAGGCUAUCCUGCUUCAGCAGAGCAUCACAAGUUACAGGUUUCUCUGCAGGACAGCAUACUUUAUCUUCGCCUGGACGACUUGGUUCAGAACGCUGUUACAUUGCUACCUGGUAAACAGAGCACCAGCUUCUGCCUCAUCUGUGUGUCCAGAUCAGGAACAAAACCCACCGCUCAGACUGUGGGUGAAUUCGUUGUGCAAUAUCGUCAUCCAGUGACGGAGACAUUGCAGUACAGUUGA